AUGCCUCCUAGCACCAUUAUGCAUCCUAGCAUCAUUAUGCCUCCUAGCACCAUUAUGCCUCCUAGCACCAUUAUGCCUCCUAGCACCAUUAUGGCUCUUAGCACCAUUAUACCUAGCACCAUUAUGCCUCCUAGCACCAUUAUGCCUCCUAGCUCCAUUAUGCCUCCUGACACCGUUAUUCCUCCUAGCACCAUUAUGCCUCCUAGCACCAUUAUACCUCCUAGCCCCAUUAUGCCUCCUAGCACCAUUAUGCCUCAUAGCACCAUUAUGCCUCCUAGCCCCAUUAUGCCUCCUAGCUCCAUUAUGCCUCCUGACACCAUUAUGCCUCCUAGCACCAUUGUCUCCUAG